AUGCUGCAUGAGUGGGACCUUUCGCCUACGAUCGUCUCGCAGCAACUCAUUCAGGAGCAUUCGUUUGAGGCUGACCGGAGUCCUCAGCAUGUAAGAACCUUAGUCGAGAACUUGAUUCAGGAAUUGACAAUUGGAGACAGCUGCCGCGAUGGUUUCAACAUACGACAUGAUCGUUCACUCGGCACCUUUGAGCGGAACCUUGUACUGGCAUCGACCGACAGUCUCAAGGAUCUCCCAAAGUUGGAGGGCACCCAUGAGUUCCCUUUCAAGAUCCCACUAGCAGCAAAAAUGCCUGCAAGCUUUGCUGGCCCAAACCACAAGCAUCACAGUUAUGAGGUGCAGGUCAUUAUCAGUCGUCGAUUCAAGAGUGACAUUGUCGUAUCGAAACCCUUGCGGAUCUAUCAUCCGCCACCUUUUGACCUCGAAUCUCUGGCGUCUUAUCAACCCACGGAUUUCGAAGGACAAAGCGACAAUGAGAUUCAGUUCCGAGUUUCUGUCCCCAAUCAGAUCAUCCCGUUUGGCUCUAUGCUUCCUGUUGAAUGCUGGUUCGCACCCCUUUCCAAGGAUUGGAAACUGCACACUGCUACAAUUGCGGUUGCCCAAAAGCAUAGUAUCCAGCUAGAUGCAACUGCGGCUGAGUCAUCUCUCUUACACAUAUCGAAGGUAUCUUCGACGCAAACUUACGACAUCUUCUUUGAGAAACACCAGCUUCUGGCUGAUGACCAGCGCGAGGAUCUAUUCUUCAACGGGCUAGUCCGUCUACCCACGAGCUGGGACUCAUACUCACAAUCGAUAACUUCGAAGAUUAUCACAAUCACACACAGCCUUGUAGUAACGGCUGAGUUUCAAAGUCCUGAUGGGGCGAAAUCAACCAAGGUAGGCGAGAUUUCUUCAGUAGGAGGUUCCUGUUCAGCUAACAGAUCCUUAGAUUGA